AUGCGAAAGGUCGGCAACACUACGUCGAACAAGAUAUAUAACCCCGAGAAUAAGGCGGCAUCGGUGCCUAUUGACGUGGAUGAAGCAGACUCAGCCAUGGAGAGGUUCAUCCGGCAAAAAUAUAUCAAUACUGUCGCGGGCCAGGCUGGGAAGCUGAAAAAACCGCAGCUGGAUGAAGGAACUCCACCACCGUUACCGCCCAAGAACUCCAAGUUCGGAUUCAGAUCGGCCUCGUCAAUAUUCCCACUGUCAUCGCGAGCGAAAAAGGAGGCCAAGGCAGCCGCUGCGCAAGAGCUUGCGAAUUCCAAUUCUUCGGCCAACCAUGGGAACCACGCAAACAAACAGUCCAAAGUCUUUGGAGCUUCUGUAGACUACGGCCAGGACGACACAGACAAGAAGCUGGCGAGACUACGAGACAUGGGCUUCCAGGACGACCAUCGAAAUGCAACUAUUCUAAAGGGAGUCAACGGCAACUUGGAACGUGCCGUCGAGGCGCUAGUUCGUCUUGGAGAAGGCGAGAGACACUCACCAGGGCCCGGCGCGGCUGCGGAACGGACGCUGCGAGCUUCAAGGUCGCUGACACCGGUAGGCUCGAAUCCCGUGGGUCUCAACCUAGGUUUGAGCGUGACCCAAAAGGAAGCGACUCCAGAACGCCCAAUCACAGCUUCAGCAGCCUCUACGAAUCCGUUCGAUAUCUUUCCGCCUGCUCAGCCCCAGACGGCCCAUUCCACCGGGACACUCCAAACCAACAAUCCUUUCAUAAACUCGACGAAUCCCUAUGGAACACCAGCACAACAGGCCAGCCUUGUCACCCAAGCAUUCCAGAACAUGUCCCUGUCUCCGGUAGCUCAACCUCUUUUCCCCCAUCAUACUGGUGGAGUCAUCUCGACGCCCCAUCAGUACGCGAUGUACUCUCAGUCGCAAGCUCCUCCGUCAAUGCCCCAACAAUAUCAGAGCCCGAGCUUCCAUAAUAGCAUGACAUACCCUCAACCUGCCGCGCAGCCCAUUGCACCACAGCAGACGGGCUACAAUCCAUUCUUCACGCAGGCACCGGCCCAGUUUCAGCAGCAGGCACCUCAGCAGGCACCUCAACAAAGCCUAUCGCUCAACACCAACCAGGCUGCGCCGUAUGCGAACAAUCCCUUUACGCGAUCACCGACUAGGAUAUCGUCGCCUUCUCUCACCCAGAUUCCAGAGCAGUCUCUGCCUACCAUUUUCCAGGCCCCAACGCCACUGCAGCAGCACCUGACUGGGACGAAUCCCUUUUUGAACAAUGGCGUGCAGUACCCCCAGCAAGUGAUGCAGCAGCAGCAACCUCAGUUUUAUGGACAGCAGCAACAGCUACAGCAGCAACAGCUACAGCAGCAACAGCUACAGCAGCAACAGCUACAUCAGCAACAACUACAUCAGCAGCAGCAGCAGCAGCAGCAGCAGCAGCAGCAAUUUUAUCAGCCUCAACGUCAAGACAAGGCGUCUAUCCUCGCGCUAUACGGCCAGCAAGCAGCCCGCCCCACGGUCUCUGAUCCCAACAUACACGCACAAACGCCAACUAUCCCAGAGGACAGACCAAUGCCAAUGCAGGUCAUGCACUCUCCAGCGGCUCCGGCGCAGUCGCCUCUGAGCGCGACACAGCCACUUCCAGGAAAUAACAACCCGUUCAUGAAGAGCGGACCUCCAGCAGUAGCUCCAGACCCUUUUGCCACAGAUCGCAAGAUUAGCAGAGAAAGCAUGAACCUAGGUAUGGACAUGGCAUGGACGAAUGGACGGCACAGCCCUGACGCCUUUGCAAGUCUCAGUGCGAGACACGGUUGA